CUUCUUCACAUCGUCCUCAUCACCACCCAACCAGCAGAUAGCGCCUGUGGCGGGUCAGCCUUACGUGUGUAGCCUGGAAGCGUUUCUGUUGUCUGGAAGGCGCCGCUGCUCUGGGCCGCUUUGCUGUGCAGACCCGGGAGGGAAGAAAAAGGCGUCUUAGGGAUUGAGUGCGCAAAAUAAGGGGGGAGGCGGAUAAGAGCUAAGUCGGGCGUGGUAGCGGGGAAAACUCAUCUUUGUGAGGAGAAACUUCAGAGCAGCAGCCACCAUGUCGCUGUCGGUCCCGCAGAACGGAGUGAAGGCGGAUAGCGAGCCCGUUAUCGAGCUGUUUGUGAAGGCGGGAAGUGAUGGCGAGAGCAUUGGGAACUGCCCCUUCUCCCAGAGACUCUUCAUGAUUCUGUGGCUGAAAGGAGUCGUCUUCAACGUCACUACUGUGGAUCUAAAGAGGAAGCCCGCAGAUCUCCAGAACCUGGCCCCCGGCACGCACCCACCCUUCAUCACCUUCAACGGUGAGGUCAAAACUGACGUCAACAAGAUCGAGGAGUUUCUUGAGGAUGUUCUCUCCCCGCCCAAGUACAUCAAGCUCGGUGCACGACAUCCUGAGUCAAACACCGCUGGCAUGGACAUCUUUGCCAAGUUUUCUGCAUACAUCAAGAACUCCAAACCAGAUGGGAACGAGGCUCUAGAGCGCGGGCUGCUGAAGACCCUGCAGAAGCUGGACGAGUACCUUCGCUCGCCGCUGCCCGAUGAGAUCGAUCACAACAGCAUAGAAGAUGUCAAAGUUUCUAACCGCAAGUUCUUGGAUGGGGAUGAAAUGACCCUGGCUGACUGUAACCUGCUGCCCAAACUGCAUAUAGUCAAGGUGGUGACUAAGAAGUACAGAGGCUUCGAAAUCCCCAAAGAGAUGACGGGCAUUUGGAAGUACCUGAACAACGCCUACACGCGCGAAGAGUUCACCAACACCUGCCCCAGCGACAACGAGAUCGAGAUCGCCUACGCAGACGUAGCCAAGAGGCUGGUCAAAUGAGCUCCUCCGUCGCAACCGCCUCCUUCCAUCCUCCAUCACCUCUCUACACUCCCCUGCACCUCCCCAUCCUCGGCACCGGGACUGAUGUGCUCAUUCACGAUAAAGGAAAAAAAAAAAACUUUGGACUUCUUUUCCUUCUCUCCUAAUCUAGAGUGAACUCCAUGCAUGACUUGGUCAUUCAUUUCUUUUUUUUCUUCCGGUCAUUAUGAAGGUCUGUUUAGUUGAAUCACCCUCGCUCAUAUUUGUCCCCUUUAAUUGCUUUUUGUUUUUCAUUUGCCAAUGAAUGUUGUGAGGCGAUGGAGAAGCAGCCAGGCGUGUACAUCAGUGCUUGUCGAUGCUGGGAGUCGAGCGCACUCCCUGAUAAGUGACCUUCAAGCUGACCUUUCCUCCGUACGCAGGGGGAAAGGUCACACGCUGGUAUUUCACUGUCGUCUGUUUAAAUUUCACUGUCGUCUGUUUCUUGGAUUUCUGAAGACUAAGAAGCUUUUUUUCUUUCCCCUCAUCUUUUUUUAUGUAAACAGUGUUGACGCUUCAGUGUUUUUUGGCUCAAGUAUUUGACAGGUUAUAAUAGAAGCUAAUCCAAACCUAAGUGGUCGACAUAUCAACUGAGAGAUGCUUUAUUUUAAUGUUGAGCUGUUUAAAAUAAAUGAGAAUAUUUGUAACUGCAGGUAAAUCUACCUGGCAACCACGCUCUGAUUUCCUCACUGCCCUAAGCGGGCACAAGUCUUGUAGCUCGGUAGAACUGUAGGAAAUUUCCCGUACUGCUUGCAGAAGUAACAGCAGGAAAAAUGCAGCCUAAGAAAUAUUCACCUGUAUGUAGCUUGUUAUUGCCUUUGAAAGCGGCUGUUUUAAUCAAUAGAGUUUCUCCUCAUAUUGAACACGUUGUGCUUACUGUAGCCGUAGUUUGGAUUAUACGUCAUGAACCAAAAAUGGGGGGGCACGUUAUUCUGGUCUCACUGUGGACGACAAAUGAAGAAACCACACACGCUCACGGUCUCCUGCUUCAUAACACACAGGGUGAAGGACAGUAAUGUUGGGUCGAGCACCAAGAAAAGCAACUCUAAAGAUAUUUAUGACAAAAAAAAGAAUCGAGAGUAGCAAUGAAGGAACAGCUGUUCAGAUUUCUUUCAUCAGUCCGUAUGUAGGUCGAUCUCUGAGGUAGCGAAUGUAGUAGCUCCAAAAAGUGCUUUAGUGUGGAUAAAGCAAAACCUGUUUUUGUUUUCUCCCAUUUGCCAUGUUUUUUUUUUUUUGUUUUUUUUUCCUUUCAUAAAUUUGUUAUAAAACAAAUCUGAUAGAAAAGGAAUUGUAAAUAUUUGUUUUCAUUGCUCAGAUUGUAAAUUUAAAGCAAUUCAUCUGAACCUUUGAGGAAACGUGCUUGGAUUUGAACACUAGAGAAAGCAUCUCCUCUUUGCCUUACUCGUUUCUCUCUGCAGAUGUUUUGCAGGAAGGAUUGUUCUUUUACGAUAUCAUUUCAUGACAACGUGAGUGUGGCGUUGUACCAAGAAAAUAUCCAAGCUAUGACAUUGUUUUGGUUUUUGUUUUUUUGUUUUUUAACAAUAUUGACUGAAUUAAAUAAACUUCUUAUUGGCA